AGGAGCACAUUGACAGAGACGGUGAUGACAAACAAAGGGUAUUCAGCAAGCAAUUAAAAUUAAUUAUCGUGGAAAGCAGUCUACGUAUUUCCAACAUGACUGAUUCUCUCAUCAUUCGCGACGUGGAGGUGGGAGACUUGGCGCAGGUGUUGGAGCUGCUGAGUCACCUCACGUCAGCACCAGCGCUUUCACAAAUCGAAUUGGAAAUGCUUCACAACCGCCGUGUGAUGGCGGGAGUGCGGACAUUGGUCGCCGUCGACCCGGAGGCGCGAGAAAUUGUGGGAACGGCGUCUCUCUUAGUAGAGCCCAAGUUCACGCGAGGCGGCAAGAGUGUCGGACACGUGGAGGAUGUCGUCACACAUCCCCGUUGCCGAGGAAAGGGUAUUGGGCAGAAGCUGCUACAACGGCUAGUGGAGGCGGCGAAGGAGCACGACUGCUACAAAGUCAUUCUGGACUGCUCCGACAACACAAUCGCUUACUACUCCAAAGCCGGUUUUAGAAAAUGCGAGAAUCAAAUGCGGCUAGACAUUGUGUAG